GCAUAGAAAUACAUUCCAAUGAAAUUGUAGAAGUCACUUCUAACUGAUCAUCACCAUGUCCUAGCUAGCUAUUGGCCUCUCUCUCUCUCUUUUUCUCUCUCAAGUCGUUCACUUUCAUCAUCUUUUGUUCUUUCCAUUUUCUCUUACGGCCUCUUCAUCGACCCCUUUCUCGACUCGAUCUACAGCUCCAAUUCUCCCAUCUUCAUUCAUAAAUUGUCCUAGUGUUUCUACAAGCCUUUUUAUGUGGAUAUAUACACCGCUCCAAUUCUCCCAUCUUCAUUCAUAAAUCUCUUCUUAUAUAUUAUCUCCAAAAAUUUUCAGUCAGAUCUUUGUUUCCAUUUGCUCCGUUUUAUCUUUUUCCCACAUUUCCAUCUUCUCAUGGAUUUCGUUAGCCCAUUUGUAAGUGUUAUUGACACAUAUCUUAUUGCUCCCAUUUCUGGACGGGUAAAAUAUUUGAGAAGCUCCAAAGAAAAUUUAAAUGGAUUGCAAACAGUAGUUCAAGAUCUGAAAGCAAGGAGAAAUGAUGAGCAAAGCAGUCUAAAAGCAUCAGAAAACGCUGGACAAGUGGAGACUAAUGUAGCAAGCAACUGGUUCAAGGCCGUCCAAGAAAUCGAACUGGAAGCCGAUGUCAUAGAAAAGGAGUAUAAUGAAGGGACGUGUGCAGGGGGUUGGUGUGUGAACUGCUUCUCACUCUACAAAUUGAGCAAGAGGUCUGUAGAUCUUAAGCUAAAGGCUGAUCAUAGACUCAUCGAACAGUUUGUUGUGGCAAGGGUGUCUUCUCCAAAGCCUGUGAUAGAGAUGCCAACUGAGCCAAUAAUUGAGAACCAGCCAUCGGCUCAACGCAUGCUGAAACAGAUGCUUGACUGCAUAGGUGACCCUGAUCCACGUUUGGGCAUCAUUGGAGUGUAUGGUAUGGGGGGAGUGGGUAAAACCACUCUGGCCAGAGCAGUAAACAAUCACUUCGAAAAGAAUUCUUGUUUUGAGACCGUGAUAAUGGUCACAGUGUCUUCCACUCCCAACAUACCUAGUAUCCAAAGCAGUAUCGGCAAGCGCCUCCGAUUAACAGAUAAUAAUGAUGCUGAUGCAUUGUCCGAAGCCCUAAAGAAGAAGAAAUUUCUUCUAAUUUUGGAUGAUAUGUGGUGCAAAUUAAAGUUGGAGGAUGUUGGAAUCCCUCACCCAACUCGAAGCAACAAAGGGAGUAAGAUCCUUGUGACCAGCCGGAGUAAAGAUGUGUCAACUGAUAUGGGUGCCAGAAAAACAAUAAAAGUGCAGCCAUUAUCUGAAGACGAGUCAUGGGAGCUAUUUGUUGAAGUAGCUGGUGAAGAUGUUGGUGCCGAUGGCAUAAAGUGCUUUGCCGAAAAACUGAUUGGAAGGUGUAAGGGUCUCCCUCUUGCAAUUGUCACUGUGGGUCAUGCAAUGGCAAAUCGACAUGGGGUUGGAGAGUGGGCAAAUGCCGUCAGAGAAAUGGAACUGUCAGCCACAAAUCUUCGAGCUGUCAAGAAUAAAGGUGAGGCUCUGAUAGGAAGCUUCAAAAUCGCUUGCAUGUUAGAAGAUGGAGAGCUCAAAGGCUGUGUGAGGAUGCAUGAUGUGAUGCGGGAGCUUGCACUUUGGAUUACAUCUUCAGUGUCUGAUAGUAAUCCCAAGUUGUUGAUAAGGACAGGUGAAACAUUUAAAGAGGCACCACAAGCUCAUGAGUGGGUAGAUGCAACAAGGAUUUCUGUAAUGGAUACCCAAAUCAGGGAGUUGCCAGAGUUGGGAGAGAAGUGCCAAAAAUUAACCACUAUGCUUCUCCGUAAUAAUUACAACCUCACUGCUAUUCCCCCAACAAAUUUCUGGCAACACAUGGAUAAUCUUAGUGUACUUGAUCUUUUUCAGUUAGAGAAGUUGGAAUAUCUCCCAGAUUCCUUGUCAUGUUUGGUGAAUCUUCGGGUGCUUAGGCUACAUAUGUGCAAAAGGUUGAGAGCAUUGCCUUUGCCUGUACUAGGUAUGCUCAGACAACUCCAAAUUUUAGAUUUGGGUUGGUGUUCUGAGUUGGACCAGCAAAUCCUCGGAGGAUCUGAAUGCGAGAGAGGUGUAAGUAAUUUAAGAUACUUGGAUGUGAAAUUUUCCAAAGUUUCUAUUCCAGCUGGGGUAAUUUCUGGUUUGUACAAUUUGGAGGAAUUAAGAUUUUAUGCAUCCAAUAAAAUAAAAUGGAGAGUGAAUUCUGGUGAAGAAGAUGAAAAAAUGGAUGGGAGUGAGUCUACUAGUGGUGAGUCCAUCAUUGAUGUGAGGGAGUUGUCCUGCUUGACUUAUUUAACAACUCUUUCCAUUUCAUUUGAAGAUAUCAUUAUUUCUGAUUGGUUCAAACCUUUGGCCAACAAGAUUGUUGACUUGAGUCUGAAUCAUUGCACAGUCGAAAAACAAGAUGCUCUAGAAGCUCUCAACCUCGAUAAAUCCCAAAUUCUAUGGCAGUUAAUAAUUGAGGAUUGCCCAGGUUUGUCAUGUGUGCACAUUGCUUCUGUAUUAACUGUAAUUAGAAACUGUGAAGACUUGGAGGUGUUGUUGGAUCGUCAGGAUGUCUACCCCAACCAAUAUUUCCUUCACGCGUUACACCUAGAAGGAUUGCCAAAAUUGAGAAGGACAUGGGUUAGUAUCGAACCAGGAAAUUGCUUUGGUCGACUAUCAUUGAUAGUAAUUGAGAAAUGUAAUAGCUUGAAGAUGGUCUUCACGGAGGAAAUGCCAUGCCUGUUUAACAACUUGAAGGAAAUUAGAGUUGGGUACUGUGUGCGGUUGGAAGUACUUAUUGAAGCAGAGGAAGAGAAAGAGAAAGAAGAAGAAGAAGAAAUUGGGGAGGAGUUGGAAGGGAUUAGUAAAAUUAAUGGAGGAAUCAUCUCACUGUUCCCAAGGCUGGAGGUUUUAAAGCUGGAAGACCUACCAAUGUUAUCUGGAGUGUGCACUGAUCACAUGUUGCAUUGCCCCCUUAUAAGAGAAGUGAAGGUGAGUAACUGUCCCAGGUUGAAGAAGGAUCCUCUCGGCAUACGAAACAAGGAUGGGCCACUUGUAAUAGAGGGUGAACAGUGGAGAAGAGGCAAUAAGGUCAUGGAAGAGGAAAUUCAAGGUUCCCAGUGAGCGAAACAAUUCUGGAUAGAGUACCACAGGUCUUCUUCAUUCACUUCUCAUAUCUGUGCUCUUACAUCACUCUCUCUCUCCCAGUAUUAUUAUUAUUAUUUUUUUUUUUUAAAUUCAAUUGUUCAUGUUGGUCUCUGACGCUUCUAUAAUUACUGUAAUGGGUGAUGGUUAGAAAGUUUCUAUUAUUGUGGGGCAUAAUUAAUUAUCAGGUUAGUCA